GGCCCAUAAAACUCAAGCCUCAAAUCAACUCUUCUCUUAUUUUUUUGUGUAGAAAGUGCUUUCAAGAGUUCUCAUUCUACUUCUACCAUGGCUGCAGCUACAAUGGCUCUUUCUUCAUCUACAUUUGCCGGAAAGGCAGUAAAACUCUCACCGUCUUCUUCUGAAAUCACCGGAAAUGGAAGAUUCACCAUGAGGAAGACUGCCACCAAGGCCAAGCCUGUCUCUUCUGGUAGUCCAUGGUAUGGUCCUGACCGUGUCAAGUAUUUGGGCCCAUUCUCUGGUGAAGCCCCAAGCUACUUGACUGGUGAGUUUCCUGGUGACUACGGAUGGGACACUGCUGGACUUUCAGCUGAUCCAGAAACUUUUGCCAAGAACCGUGAGUUGGAGGUGAUCCAUUGUAGAUGGGCCAUGCUUGGAGCUCUUGGCUGUGUCUUUCCUGAGCUUUUGGCCCGUAACGGUGUAAAGUUUGGUGAGGCUGUUUGGUUCAAAGCUGGAUCCCAAAUUUUCAGUGAAGGUGGACUUGAUUACUUGGGAAACCCAAGUUUGGUCCAUGCACAAAGUAUCUUGGCCAUUUGGGCUUGUCAAGUUGUGUUGAUGGGAGCCGUUGAGGGUUACCGUAUUGCUGGUGGGCCUCUUGGUGAAGUUGUUGACCCACUUUAUCCUGGUGGUAGCUUCGACCCAUUGGGCCUUGCUGAUGAUCCAGAGGCUUUUGCGGAACUCAAAGUAAAAGAAAUCAAGAAUGGUAGACUUGCUAUGUUCUCCAUGUUUGGAUUCUUCGUUCAAGCUAUUGUCACCGGAAAAGGCCCAUUGGAAAAUCUUGCAGAUCACCUUGCUGAUCCAGUUAACAACAACGCAUGGGCUUUUGCCACAAACUUUGUUCCCGGAAAGUGAAGUUCUUAAAAUAGACUAGUCUUCUAGUAUUUGAUAGCCCUGUAAAGCAAGCUAUUGUAAAUUAGUGGAGAUUCUAUAUGAAUUUUUAUUUGAUCUUCAAUAU